AUGAACUUAGACACCUUUAGACAAGAAGCCCGUGAUUGGCUGAACGAAAACUGCCCACAGGAAAUGCGCCUGGGUGCGGUGCACUUUGAAGACGCCUACGAGGUCUAUCAGUCCGAUGCAGCCAACACCUGGCGCGAUCGGGCCGCAGCACGCGGUUGGACGGCACCCACCUGGCCAACAGAAUAUGGCGGUGGCGGCUUGAGCAAAGCCGAAGCCGGUGUACUCAGCGAAGAACUGGUGCGCAUCAAAGCGUUGCCACCAGCCACCGGCAUGGGCUUAGCCAUGAUUGGGCCGACCCUUUUAGAAAUGGGUACAGAAGACCAGCGUCAGCGUCACCUGCCGAAAAUUGUGACCGGCGAAGCCCAGUGGUGUCAGGGAUAUUCUGAACCUGGCGCAGGCUCAGAUCUGGCCGGCUUGCAGACCAAAGCUGUUCUGGAAGGCGACCAGUUCAUUCUGAACGGCCAGAAAAUCUGGACCUCUGGCGCACAACACGCCAACUGGAUGUUUGCCUUGGUUCGCACAGAUCCUCAAGCACCCAAACACGAAGGCAUCAGCUUUGUGUUACUGCCCAUGGAUCAGCCCGGUGUCACGAUCAAACCGAUCAAACUGAUCUCCGGCUCUUCACCCUUCUGUGAAACUUUUUUCGACAACGCUAUUGCUCAGCGUAUCGACCUUGUUGGCGAACUCAACAAAGGCUGGAGUGUGGGCAAACGCCUGCUGCAAUAUGAACGUAACGGCGCCACCCGCCGCGCGCCUAAAUCAAGCAAGAAGAAGCCAACCCUGAAUGUGUACGCCAGUGUCGCCAAGCAGUACUCCGGUGAAGACAGUCAAGGUAAGAUCGCUGACCCGGCAAUGCGCGAUGAGGUACUGACACAAGUCAUGCAGGAACGUGCGCUGGCUUUGACUACUCAGCGUGUGCUUGACGAAAGCCAGUCUACUGGCGCUCCUGGAGCGGCCACCUCUAUUUUCAAGCUGGUCGGCUCUACCUUGUCAAAACAAGGCUCACAACUGAAGUCCACCCUGCGCGGCACUGCUGGCCUGGUAUGGGAAAGCGACCAGUUCAGUGAAGACGAGCUUGAAUCCACCAGAGCCUGGCUGCGGGACCGCGCGGUGACCAUUUACGGUGGCACCAACGAAGUCCAGCAGAACAUUAUCGCCAAACGCGUAGCUGUCAGCCGCGCCGGCCAACUGCUCAGGUUCAACCACCUCGGAAACCAGACCUGUCGCCAGAGCCCGCUGAGCAUUGAUAAACCGGGACGCUGGGACAUUCUCAGGGGCAUGGAGCCUUUCAAAGAAGGCCAGCGAGGCCUGGAUUACGGCGGCGGCUUCAAUAACCACAACACUGACAAGCUGGGAAUCACCCUCAACAUCCGUACCGAACGUGGUAAAGAACUUCUCACCGAACUGAUUAAAAUCUCUGACGUCGUCAGUGAAAAUUUUGCUGCGGGUGUGCUCGAGAAAUGGGGUUUUGGCUAUACACAGCUCAAGGCGAUCAAAGACGACAUUAUUUACGUCUCCAACUGUGGGUUUGGUCAUCAGGGCCCGUACAGCCAGUACAAAACCUGGGGACCCAUCGUGCAGGCGGUAUCCGGGUUAACUUAUACCUCCGCUUUACCCGAUCAGGAACCUGCAGGUUGGGGCUAUUCCUACAUGGAUCAUUCCGGCGGGUACUACAUGGCAAUGGCCAUCAUGCUGGCACUGCUGCAUAAGCAGAACAGCGGCGAAGGCCAGUGGGUCGAUCUUGCCUGUACCGACGCCGCACUGACCCUCAACGGACCUGCGCUGCUGGACUACAGCAUUAACGGCACACCGACACCACCCGCGGGCAGCAUAAAUUCGAACCGCAGCCAGUAUCAGAACAUGGCACCCCACGGCAUUUACCCAUGCACCGGCGACGACAACUGGAUCGCCAUCAGCAUCCGCAACCAACAGGAAUGGAUAGCGCUGGCGCAACACAUCAAUGCGGCCUGGACCAGAGAAUUUGACGACGAACACCAUCGUUUGACACACCAGGACAAACUGGAUGAACACAUCAGUCGCUGGACCUCCAGCUUGGAUAAAAACGCCCUGACUGCUGCACUGCAGAAACUACCUGUGCCAGCCAGCGCUGUAUUCAAGCCGGAAGAGCGCAUUGACCUUGACCCUAGCACCGAAGCAUUCGGCUUAUGGCCAACCGUUGAACACAGUGCUAUGGGUGACGUGCGCGUAGACGGCUUACCUGUGCACUUCUCUGAAACUGACUGGCAGAUGCAACGGGGGGCACCCUGCCUCGGCGAACACAACCACGAUGUGUUAAGGUGUGAUAUGAGCGCAUUAAAAGGGCUUCGGGUUAUUGAGCUGGCAGAUGAAAAGAUCGCCUUCGCCGGCAAAUUAAUGGGUGACAUGGGCGCCGACGUUAUUCUGGUUGAACCUGAAACGGGCGACCCCAGCCGACACUACCCACCUUUUCUUGCUAACGAAGCCGGGGAGCAUCGCAGCCUGCAUUUCUGGCACUACAAUACCAGCAAACGUGGCAUCACAUUGGAUCUGGACAGCCGCGAGGGCCAGGCAAAAUUUCUCAAACUGAUCCAGAGCGCUGACAUUCUGAUUGAAUCCCAGCCAACCCAACACCUCAAACAACUGGGGCUGGAUUAUGAUGAACUGGCACAACACAACGCCAGGCUGAUCCAUAUUGCCGUCACACCUUAUGGGCGCAACAAUGCCAAAAGCGACCUGCCGGUGACCGACCUGACAUUGAUGGCGGCCGGAGGACCACCCUGGAGCUGCGGUUAUGACGAUCACAAUCUUCCGCCUGUCAGGGGUUGGGGUAAUCAGGCCUACCAUACCGCGUGCCACUUUGCGUUUAUGUCAGCGCUGACCGCCCUGCUGUUCCGCAACAGCAGUGGCAAAGGCCAGUUCAUCGAUGUCUCAAUGACAGCUGCACUCAAUGUCACCACAGAAUCCGCCAGCUAUGCCUGGCUGGUCAAUGGCAGCACUGUCAUGCGUCAGACCGGUCGUCAUGCGGCUACCGUGCCCACCGGUGAAACACAGAUGCAGUGCGCUGACGGUCGUUAUGUGAAUACAGGCGUGCCGCCGAGGUUUCCGGCGGAGUUUGCCAAACUCCUCAACUGGUUGAGACAGCUGGAUCUGGAAAGCGCGCUGCCUGAAGCCGUAUUCCUUGAGAUGGGUGCACAAUGGGAAGGACCUUUUGAUCUGUCGCUGAUCGGUAGCGAUGACACCAUCACCGCUAUUUUCAGCGCGGGACGCUGGCUUAGCGGUGGGACCCAUCAACAGUCCCAGCGAGGCAUUUGA